GAGAGGCGUGACUCAGCUGGGUCUGACUGCUCUCACAGUGACACUCUGCUACUUCACCUCAGCGGGACAGUAAGCUGAAGACAAUGCCCGAAGUUUGAGACAGACACUGCAAGGUUAGGGUGAGUGGUCAAGGAGUGGCCACCUGCUUUACUUUCAUUUUUGUUUGGUCCAGUUAAAUUAAGUGUCUCUGCAACAUUGGCAAAGCAGCAGCUGGAAGAUUACAACACUGUUCCAGCAAAGGGGCUGAGUAUAAGCUGUGAUUGGUGCCUUUAUCCAGGAUCUGUUUUCUUUCUUCUCACCAUGAGGUGUGCAUAUCUUCUGUUUCUGGGUCUUCUGUUAUCCCUAACUACUGAAGCAGUCCCUCAGAAUUGUCCUGAGGGAUUUGUGAGCACGAAUAAAAAAUGCAAAGAUGAGAAUGAGUGUGAGUUUGAAAACCCAAUCUGUGGUGACAACGCAGUUUGUUACAACACAAAUGGUAGUUACUACUGCCAGUGUGAACUGGGAUACCAGGAACCUUCAGGAAAAGUUAAUUUCACCCAGGAGGAAAGCAAGGGAUGCAAAGACGUCAAUGAGUGUUCAAAGAUGACAGAUUUCUGUGGCCCCAACUCUAAGUGUACUAAUACCCCUGGCUCCUAUUUCUGCACAUGCAAAGAAGGAUUUGUGUCCAGCAACGGAGAGACGAAAUUUUAUGCAAGCCAAGGUGUUACAUGUAAAGACGUCAAUGAGUGUUCAAAGAUGACAGAUUUCUGUGGCCCCAACUCUAAGUGUACUAAUACCCCUGGCUCCUAUUUCUGCACAUGCAAAGAAGGAUUUGUUUCCAGCAACGGAGAGAAGAAAUUUUAUGCAAGCCAAGGUGUUACAUGUACUGACGUCAAUGAGUGUUCAAAGAUGACAGAUUUCUGUGGCCCCAACUCUAAUUGUACUAAUACCCCUGGCUCCUAUUUCUGCACAUGCAAAGAAGGAUUUGUGUCCAGCAACGGAGAGAAGAAAUUUAAUGGAAGCCAAGGUGUUACAUGUACUGACGUCAAUGAGUGUUCAAAGAUGACAGAUUUCUGUGGCCCCAACUCUAAGUGUACUAAUACCCCUGGCUCCUAUUUCUGCACAUGCAAAGAAGGAUUUGUGUCCAGCAACGGAGAGAAGAAAUUUAAUGGAAGCCAAGGUGUUACAUGUAAAGACGUCAAUGAGUGUUCAAAGAUGACAGAUUUCUGUGGCCCCAACUCUAAUUGUACUAAUACCCCUGGCUCCUAUUUCUGCACAUGCAAAGAAGGAUUUGUGUCCAGCAACGGAGAGAAGAAAUUUAAUGGAAGCCAAGGUGUUACAUGUAAAGAUGAGAAUGAGUGUGAGUUUGAAGACCCAAUCUGUGGUGAAAACGCAGUUUGUUACAACACAAAUGGUAACUACUACUGCCAAUGUGAACUGGGAUACCAGGAAGCUUCAGGAAAAGUUAAUUUCACCCAGGAGGAAAGCAAGGGAUGCAGAGACAUGAAUGAGUGUUCAAAGAUGACAGAUUUCUGUGGCCCCAACUCUAAGUGUACUAAUACCCCUGGUUCCUAUUUCUGCACAUGCAAAGAAGGAUUUGUUUCCAGCAACGGAGAGACGAAAUUUAAUGCAAGCCAAGGUGUUACAUGUAAUGAUGAGAAUGAGUGUGAGUUUGAAAACCCAAUCUGUGGUGACAACGCAGUUUGUUACAACACAAAUGGUAACUACUACUGCCAGUGUGAACUGGGAUACCAGGAACCUUCAGGAAAAGUUAAUUUCACCCAGGAGAAAAGCAAGGGAUGCAAAGACGUCAAUGAGUGUUCAAAGAUGACAGAUUUCUGUGGCCCCAACUCUAAGUGUACUAAUACCCCUGGUUCCUAUUUCUGCACAUGCAAAGAAGGAUUUGUUUCCAGCAACGGAGAGACGAAAUUUAAUGCAAGCCAAGGUGUUACAUGUAAUGAUGUUUGUACGCGUGAUGAGUCUCUCUGUGGGGAAGGUGACUGCAACAAGUCUGAAGAUGGCCAUGAAUGUGUGUGCAAGAAAGGAUUCACCAACUAUGGCUUCAAAACAAUGAAAUGCACAAAGCCAAACAAUGGGCUUCUGUCACAGUAUUACCCUGAGGUCCCUCAGCUAUUGCCAGUCAUGGAGGAGUUAAGGAACAGCUUUCAGAAGCUGAGUGGAGACCAAGAUAUGAGUAAGAGGGUGUCACAAAUGGAUGGAAACACACUGUUAGAGAGGUUCCUGAAUGCUCUGGACGAGCUUUUGUCUGCUGGGCCACUGAACAAUAACAAGAAGGUGACAACAGUGUUGGAAAUAACUGAGAAUUUUCUAAAAGUGCUUGGACCCCUGCUAUCUAAUAUCACCAAAUCAAGUGCUUGCACAGAGGUCAACACAUUACUCUGGAGAGAUAAUGCUCCCCCUCAUGGACCAUUCAUUUUGUCCACCAGUGACACACAGCUUGAAUCCCACUGGGAAACCGCAGCAGGAGAUUCAUACAAGGGAUUUGCUGCUGUGUCUCUACUGAGCUACAAUAGUUUGGAAAAUUCGGUCAACAACUAUUUCAACCACAUAAAGAUACAAGAAGAUGAAACGCUCAAGAUAAACUCGAAAGUAGUUACAGCAGUGGUCACUAACCCUGAUACAGCACAGCUGAGGGAACGGAUCAUCCUCACCUUCUCUCACCUGCAGCAGCCAUCAGACAGAAACCAAACAUGUGUGUUCUGGGACUCCUCUCUGGAUGGUGGUGUGUGGUCCACAAACGGCUGCUCUGUGGUCAGCUCUGAUGCCAAUCACACAGUCUGCUCCUGCUCUCACCUCAGCAGUUUUGCUGUGCUAAUGGCACUCCAUGAAAUCAAGGAUGUAUUUCAACUAAAGCUGAUCACAUGGGUGGGGCUCUCCCUGUCCCUCAUCUGCCUCUUCAUCUGCAUACUGACCUUUCACUUCGUCCGCUCUAUCCAGAGCACCCGCACCACAAUCCACCUGCACCUCUGCAUAAGCCUCUUCAUUGCCAACCUCGUCUUCCUCGCUGGCAUCACCCAAACCCAGAAUGAGGUUUGCUGUUCAAUUGUUGCAAUUCUGCUGCACUUCUUCUUCCUGGCUGCAUUGUGCUGGAUGUGCCUGGAAGGUGUGCAGCUCUUCAAUAUGGUAGUGCUGGUCUUCAACACCACGGUGAGACCUCUCUACCUGAUGCUGGGCGGUUAUGGAGUUCCUGCACUUAUUGUAAUCAUAUCAGCCAGCAUCAAUGCUAGAGGAUAUGGUACCAAGCGCCACUGCUGGCUCAACUUGAAGGAUGGAUUCAUCUGGAGCUUCUUCGGUCCUGUUUGUAUCAUAAUUGUUGUGAAUGUGUUUUUCUUCCUGAUAACUGUAUGGAAGCUGGCUGAAAAAUUUUCCUUCCUCAACCAAGACUUGAGCAAGCUGCAAAAAAUCAAGUCAUUCACAAUUACUGCUAUUGCUCAGCUUUGUGUGCUUGGCACCAUGUGGAUCUUUGGGUGUUUUCAGUUUGAGGGAGGAUCUCUGGUGAUGUCCUACCUCUUCACUAUCUUCAACAGCCUGCAAGGGGUGCUGGUGUUUGUCAUGCACUGCCUGCUCUCCAAACAAGUGAGAGAAGAGUAUGCCAGGAUCUUGACCAGCCUGUGUGCACCACAGAAGAAGAAAUACUCAGAGUUCAGCACAAACCAGUCGAGCAAAUCUCAGGCAUCCAGGAGCAUCCAGCACACAGGAGAGUCAAACAUAUGAAGCAGGCUGGAUCCACCCACCAGCAGCACUUUCCAUGUGCAAACAUGACUUUGUCUGCAGCCGCUCUGACCACUGUGGGUCUUAUCCAAAUGUGGAGGAGCAUGUUUGGCAUAAGCUCCUUUGUCACAUUAGCUUCUUUUUUAAUUGCAUUUAAUUUAAUUGCUUAAUUAAUUUUUUUAAAGGCAGUAAGAGUGAUAAAGAUAAAGAAGGUUGGAAAACGGUCAUGUAAAAAUGAAUUAUGACUGUUUUCGGUAUAGAAAACGACUUAAGUGUUGCCUGAGGACCUCAGAAAAAGUACGAGAAAAUGGAGGAUAUUAGCCCUUUAAAAGCAGAGAUUAAAAGCAGAGAUUAAAAGCUAAAAUUAUAAAAUGAGACAAUAUUAUUAAGAUGUUCUAAGCUCAAUAUCAAAGAGUAGAUGCAGGCCAUUUUGACAACCUCUUUUAAUUUUCAGUUAGAUUUAUAUGUGAGUCUCUGUUUUGUAAUAUAAAAGUAGAUUCAAUUGUAAUAUUUGGCAUGGUGGCACUGUCGCCUCACAACAAGAGGGCCUGGGUUCGAUUCCCCAACCGGGCGACCAGGGACCUUUCUGUGUGGAGUUUGCAUGUUCUCCCUGUGUCUCUGUGGCUUUCCUCCAGGUACUCUGGUUUCCUCUCACAGUCCAAAGAUAUGAGGUCAGGCCAAUUGGGCAUGCCAAAUUACCCCUAGGUGUGAGUAAAUGUGUGUCUGUUUGUCUGCCCUGCGAUGGAUUGGCGACCUGUCCAGGGUCUAUCCUGCCUUCUGCCCGAUGAUUCCCUGCGACCCUGAGAGAGAAGAGGCUUAGAAGAUGUGUGUAUAUUGUAAUAUUUACUGCUGAGCUUUAAAGCUGCUCUUGUAACUCAUGUCACUGGAUUACAGCACUAUGACUUGUUUAUACUUUUUUAGACAUUACUUGUUUAGACAUUUUGUCACAGUGUUUCUCUGCUGUACAGCGUAUCUGUGCCUUUUUCAAAGGUUUUUAUUUGCGAAUUUGUGCCUGUGUCUUUAUAACUGUUUUGUGCCAAGAUCUGAAUGUUCUUAUGUCAUGCAUGAUUAAUACAUUUUUUUAUGUACAUCUGCGCUCGUGGUAGCUAGGGAUGUCUCAUCUGUUGGCUGUCAUUAAAAUUAAGAUUUUAUUUUG